AUGGCAAGGUUGAGGCUCGGCCGGCCUCCACGCUACAACAUCCCAUACCUCCGGUUCUCCAAGGCUUCUACCAGCUCAGGAUGGGGUUGCAGCCCGCCUGGCGUCACUCUCCACUGUGGCCCAACAAACAAACACCCAGUCCUGGCCAAAGCUGCUGAUGAGAUUGGCUCGACGCACAACGCUCUCAAUAGUGUGAUCCAAAUGCCUCCACUCCCUGGAACCCAUCAAGCCAGCGUGGAAAAUUUGCGCGCAGCAGUCGACCGCGAGACCGCCACCUUUCAAUUUUCCGUCGAUGUUGGAUACGCCCAUGAUCUAAGGCGAGAAUUUUUUGAAUGGCGUAAAAUUGAAACCAGCCAUGAGACAAGCAUCCUUCCUCCACAAUUCGAAUCCGGCUUCAGACUCGUUCGUAUGGGUAGCGGUGGCGUCUUCCGGCAACCAGAAGUGGUUGCAACAAUCGCGUUCCACGAUGGCAGGACCAUGACCCUGCCCUUCAUCCUACAGUUUUACUCAUCUCUCGGCGAUCGGUGGGCUAUCAUGGUGAUUGUCACCGCAUUGAAAAUCUGGGCACUCAACAUACAGGGGAAGGCAACGGCUUCGUAUAUUUCGGCACUGGGAGACGGCUGGGUGACUGGGACCAGUGGUUAG